AUGACACUGGCCCAUGUCAUCACUUUGGAACAGACAUCACCUUAUCGAGAACGACGUAGUUUCCACAAUGCUCUUCUAAUCCAGGCUUAUGACGUCACCCCUUUCCUCUGUGAACAUCUUGGAGGAGCUGAAGCAAUUACAGAAUUUGCAGGAAAAGAUGCUACUGCUUCAUAUGAAGAUACAGGUCAUUCAAAGGAUGCAAGAGAAGUGACUAAGGAAUAUCUUAUAAGUAGAUUAAUAACUGACACAGCGUCUUGCAGUUUAAGCACCACGAACACUACCAGCAAGGGCCCAUCGUCUGGUGCUAACUGGCGAGACAUAAUAUUUUCUCCAACUUGGUCCAGUUACUAUUUCAACUACUGUGCAAGUAUUGUCAUAGUUGUUUUCGUACCUUAG